AUGGUCCACCUUAAAAGGAUCAAUUUAAAUGCCUUGUACAUAAUUCACAGCGAAAUUGAUGUAUCGGUAUCGCCGUCUUUCAUUUCGAUGAUUACAGGGGAGACGUACUGUCUGUCGCGGCAUUUGUCGGGUCUGGUUUGUGAGAGUGCCUUCAAAGUGCCGGACACAGGUAAAAAAGAAAUGUGUAAAGUACGCAACGCAAAGGAUGCCCCCAUUCUAUUGCUGUCCAAAUACUUUAUGGUAUGCGCUGGAAUAUGGAAACUGCAAUUGCCCACGAAAAAUGGCGUGUUCUGCAGUGUCUACGGCAUCUACUCUGCAUUCGUAGGGAUUUACUUUCCUCUAUUCGUGUCGUCUUUGUGCAUCCAAUUCGUAGCGUCGAUUGGCACAGAGAAGAACCUGGAGGACCUGUUUCAACAGUUGUCCUUCAUUAUAAUAUUCUCGAUAGCGGAAGUUGGAGCCCUGCUCUGCCAGUCAAAGGACUUCAAGCAGAUUUUGUCUUCAAUAGUUGAGGAGGAGAGGCAGAUACUCAUGGCGACAGACGACGAGGUGUCACGCUACCAUGCAACCCAGAUAAAAUUUUGCAAUGCGAUCAACUCGAUGAUUAUCGUCUUUGUGUUGGGCACUGGGACUUCCAUCAUAUUGGAAAACUUCUGGAAAAGGCAGCAAGUUGAGCCAUACCCCAACGAAUGCAAUGGGUCAGCCCAAAAACCUUUUAUCUACGAACUGUACCUUUACAAGUUCGAUCCGUACAAGUAUCCCAACGUUAUGCUAAGUCUGAACUAUUUCAUGCUUUUCAUCAAUGUUUUGCUGAUUAUUUCGACGAAGGUGGUUUUCGUCUCCUGCAUAGUUUUCACGUCGUCCAGUUUAAGAAAGCUUCAAGUGGUAUUUAGGAAAACUUCCGCAACUUCAACCAGCUUGGUAGAACUCAUUCGCGAACACCAGCGUGUCACAAGAUUCGUGGGGAAACUGAAUGAUUCGAUACGGUACAUGAUACUGAUGGAAUACCUCCUCAAUUCCAUCAGCGUUGCGGCGGCCUCCAUACAAUUUAUCGCCUUCGAGCAGGGAUUUCCGAUUUCGCCUCUUCUGUACUUAGUUUAUCUAUUGGUGCAGAUUUUCGCUCUUGGUUGGACCACCAACGAAAUACAAAUUCAGUUCGAAAGCGGAUUUCCGAUUUCGCCGUUCUUGUGUCUCGUCUAUCUGUUCGUGCAGACAUUCGUCCUGGGCUGGAGCGCCAACGAAAUCCAAGUCCAGAGUCUGGCCUUGGGGGACGCCUUGUACGAUUCGCCGUGGCACGAACAAAAUGACCAAGCCAAGCGGUUAAUACUGAGCAUGAUCAUGCGAUCGCAGCGACCCCUGGCGUUGACCAUAGGACCAUUUGACACGAUGACCACAGCGUCCGCACUGAGGAUAAUGAAAGCUUCUUACUCUUACGUUUCCCUUAUGAUAAAUUAAUUUGGACGCGGUGCUGUUGUUAAAUUACUUAAGUAAGUGGUUAUUAUAAUUGGGCAAUUUGUUAGAAGAUUUUUUUUUCACUUAAAAAAACUUGUCCAAACAGAAAAAUCAACUAAAGGUUGGUUUACAAUAAAGCAUUUGGUUUCAAACACUCAAAAUGAACGAAGUAUGUAGGUUAUAAGGGCGUCAUCAAAUCCAUAUUGGAAUACUCGUCCACCAUGUGGAAUCCGAUCAAUCGCAAGUAUGUCGGUCAGAUCGAGAGUUUUUCAAAGAAACUUCCACAGGCUACGGUAUUACUUUUUACGCAACUUCUGGAUUCCUCCUGCGUCGGUUUUUGCUAAGUCGCACUUGCUGACGUUUCGCCAAUCAUCCUGUUAGCUUCUUCACAGCUUGACUGAAACUGAAACUAAAUUAUAACCACCAUUAUUACAACUUUGCUAUUUCCGGUCGGCAAUGCAUCAACCGGUAUAUAACUGAAAUGUAAGAAAAAUAUUUUA